UUAAUUCGGUCUUUACUUCCAUAAUCUGUCUAUACAAUUUGUGUUUUAUUCGAUGCUGUCGAACAGCUGCAAAAUGGCCGACCAGCCGGUGUAGAAAAAGAAGAACAAGCAAAAAGGCGUUUAUUUUACGCCUCUACUUGAGUCCUGAGUUCCUCACGUCUACACAAGAGUGUACAAAAAAUCAGCUGUGACUAUUAAGAAAUCAAUUCACUGUGAAAUACUAGUUCAGCACUGAGUGCAGCACCAUGACAGGCCAAGGUCAAGGUUUCUCGUUGCCAUGGAUACUCCUGACUGCUGCCCUUGUCCUUCACGUGCCCCCCACCAGCGGGAUGUACGAGGAUCAGAUCGGGAAGUUCGAUUGGCACCAGCAGUACAUCGGCGCUGUCCGGCAGGCCGCCUUCGACCAGUCCGCUCCAGUCAGCAAGCGCAUCUUCGUCGGCACCGAGUCCAACGUCGUGGCGGCCAUCAACUCACGCACGGGGCAGCUGGCCUGGAGGCACGUGCAGGAGAGGGGAGACCCCUGGGGGGUGGAUGCGGUACUGCACAAGGGCAACGUCUUGGUGACGGUGUGCAGUGGCGGGGAUGCAGUCCGUGCGUGGGAUCCGGCUAGCGGAACCCUCCUAUGGGAGUUUCUCGCAAAGGAGAAGAACGAUUCCCCAGCGAAGGCACUUCUUGUAGAGGGCAGGCAGGACGAAAGGUCACACGUGGAAUCAGUCGCAGUCCUGACCAAGAAGACGCUGAGGAUCCUCUCGGCAGUGGACGGCCAUGAGAUGGUGAGCACAGAGGUUUGGUCAAGCGGAGAGACUGGGGGAAUUUCAGUCUUGCACCAGGCGAGCAAUGGCCAGCUGUAUGCAGUCAGCAUUUCUAGCCAAGCCGCCGUACAGAUCGUUUCAUACACCCACGUCCCUGGAAAGGGUUACGAGGCGGUGAAGAGGGUUAUACCAGCAGGGUGGGCCUUGCCCCAGUCCACUCAGUGCGUGGUCACCGGAGACAACAUCCUGGUCUGCUCAGAAGCCAGCACCAACUCCCUCCACACCAUAUCGCUUGUGGAUGGCAGCGGCUUUACUACAGUCACCCUCCUGUCACUGGGGUUCAACAGCUGGCAGCCUGACAGCCUAGCCAUUAGUGCAGUACAGGUCGGGAGGAAGGAGGUACUUCUGCGGCUGUCUCAGGACCACUACGUCCUCCUGCAGGCCACGGCAGACACGAUCACUGUUCUGAAGGAUCUCCCCAACGUGUACGCCACCACCACGGCAAGGAGUCAGGACAGGGACAUCAUGUUCAUGGUGAAGAAGGGAACCAAGGACGAGCUGGUCGUCACCGGCUUCUACCUACAGAACCUGAAAGAAGACCAGGCUCUGACACAGAUGAUAGCCCACCCGCUGCAUUAUGGGUCACCACAGCAGGUCACGGUGUACACGUUCCUGAAGCGCGACGGAUCGACAGGAUACCGCGCUCUGCUGCAGAUGGAGGACCAGACACUGCUGAUGCUGCAGCAGCUGCAGGGGAACCAGGGGCACGUCAUGUGGCAACGCAAUGAGGCGCUUGCCUCAAUCUCCGCCGUGGAUCAAGUCGAUCUGCCCGUGUCCGAAACAGAGAGCAAGUUUGAGGAGGAGUUUGGAGAAGAGUCGGAGGAAGACCUCUCCAUCUGGCAGAUGUUCACCAGAAGGAUCACCACUCAGCUGGAACAGCUGAAGGACCUUGCCGACAAGUUUGAAGAGUACAGGAAACCCAAGGCCAAACAGGUGGAGAAACAGCUGGAGAGGGAUCCCUUCAACCUCCGCAAGAUGAUCGUGGCGGUAACGUCGGCUGGUAAGCUGUACGGACUGGACAGCGCGAACGGGGACAUCGUUUGGCAGUACUUCCUGCCGAACAUCCGGUGCUUCGGCCAAGGCGAGAUGUACCUGUUCGUACAGCGGACCACCGCGCACUUCCCCCACCCCCCACAGGCCAUGCUGGUUGCCCAGGACAAGGCCACUGGGAACGGACUUGUCUUCACGUUCAACCCCACCACCGGGCAGCCCGUCAACGCUAGCGCUGUCUCGGGAAUCCUACAGCCUUUCAAAGUGCUGCAAGCGAUCCUCCUGCCCGUGAUGAACAACCACCAUCUCCAUCCCGUCAUGAUUGUCGACUCUGAUCAUGGUGUUCACAUCUUCCCGCCUUCCUCCUCUGUCCUGUCUGUCCUGAAGAAAAACAACGGAAAGAUCUUCCUCCAUGCCGCUGACCUUGAGAAGAGCACGCUAACCGGGUUUAGCCUCACCACGCUUAAAGAUGGAAAAGUGGAACUUGCGCAAGCCUGGCAUCUCAGCCUCCCGAUCCCGUCCCAGAAGAUCGUGAGCGUUGUUCCAAGGAGAGCUAACGAGCACGUCCAUUCCCAGGGCCGCGUGUUAAGCGACAGAAGCGUCAUGUACAAGUACCUCAACCCCAACCUGCUGGCUGUAAUGACAGAGGGCAUAGAGCGAGACAUCCCCCUGUUGACCCUGUAUCUGGUGGACGCCGUGACCGGACAGGUUGUGUACAGCAUGCAGCACAAGCGGGCCAGCGGGCCCGUCCAUCUGGUCCACUCCGAGAACUGGGUCGUCUACCACUACUGGAACGGGAAGUUUCGCCGCCACGAGGUGACCGUGCUGGAGCUCUUCGAGUCGCAGGGAGACCGAAACUCCACCACGUUCUCGUCCCUCUCCACCCAGAGCCUACCUCUCGUCCUGCAACAGGCCUACAUCUUUCCCAUGGGAUUAUCCGCCAUGGCCGUCAGCAACACAGAGCGCGGCAUCACCGCUCGCAGCCUCCUCCUUGCCCUACCAAACGGCGGCCUCAUGACCCUCCCGAAGAACAUCCUUGACCCCCGGCGACCCAUCAUCCCCACCAAACAGCACCAGGAGGAGGGGGUGUACCCCUACAUCCCCGAACUCCACGUCAACCCCAUGACUCUCCUCACCUACAACCAGUCCAUCGAGGGGAUACGGGGGAUCCAUAUAGGAGCAGCGGGGCUGGAGUCUACCUCCGUGGUGCUAGCGUACGGAUUGGACCUGUUCUACACCAGGAUAAUGCCGUCACAGAUGUUUGACGUGCUGAAGGAAGACUUUGACUACUUCUUCAUCAGUUCUAUAUUGUUGGGACUGGUCAUGGCCACUCUGAUCACCCAUCGACUAGCUGCCAUGAAGACUCUGAAUAGGAGUUGGAGAUAGGGGCACUUUGGGGAAGGGACUAUAUCAGACAUAGCAUAGCAUAGCAUAGAGUUCGGACAUGUUCAAUUAACAUGGAAACUCAAUCAUAUACUGGUACUAGUGGUAGAGACACGAAUUGAACUUGACUUCUGAAUUAUGGAGUUCUUACACAUAUGUAGCUGGAAUAGGAGUUUGGAGCCUCUAUGAACUUUACUCAUGAUUGCAGUUAUCAGUUUAAGUUUCCUUAAAAUCAGUCUCUUUGACAAAUUUUAAGACCAUAGCACCA